UAGAGAACACUCAAUCCAUCCAUCCAAAGGCAUAUUCAUUCAUUCUUCUCCAUUCUCACCGAUCCACAUUCGUAACAUCCGAUUUCGAUGGGAAAACCAACAGGGAAGAAGAAGAAUAAUCCCGAUCCUCCCACGGAUUCUUCCGUAGGAGGAGGCAACAAGUCAGCCAAAAGCUUCGAUCGUUCAGCCUCCAAGGCGGCAGCCACCUUCGACAAUGACAUGGAGAUCUUCAUAAACCGAGCAUUAGAGCUCAAGGAAGAAGGAAACAAGCUCUUCCAGAAACGCGACAACGAAGGCGCCAUGCUGAGGUACGACAAAGCCGUCAAGCUUCUGCCUCGAGAUCACGUGGACGUGGCUUUCCUGAGGACGGGCAUGGCUUCUUGCUACAUGCAGAUGGGGCUGGGAGAGUAUCCGAACGCGAUCAACGAGUGCAACCUCGCCCUCGAGGCUAACUCUAGGUACAGCAAGGCCCUGCUGAAACGCGCUCGGUGCUACGAGGCCUUGAACAAGAUGGAUUUCGCGUUUAGGGACUCGAGGAUCGUUUUGAACAUGGAGGCGGAGAAUGUUUCCGCCAAGGAGAUCUUCGAGAGGGUGAGGAAGGUGUUGGUUGGUAGAGGGGUUGAUGUGGAUGAAAUGGAGAAGAGUUUUGUUGACGUGCAGCCCGUGGGGGCCGCGCGGUUGAGGAAGAUUGUUAAGGAGAGGUUGAGGAAGAUGAAGAAGAAGAAUAAUAAUAAUAAUAAUAAUAAGAAGAAUAGUAGUACUGAUGCUCUUGAGGAGAAGAAGAGUAACGGUGUUGUUGUUGAAGAUGGAGAGGAAGCAGAUAGCAGGAAGAAGCUUGAGGAUAAGGUUGUGGUGGAGGAGAAGAAAGUGAGUCAUGUUAUGGACAAAAAGGUCAUUGCUUCGGAGAUCGACGCGACGGUGACGAGGACGGUGAAGUUGGUCCAUGGAGAUGAUAUCAGGUGGGCGCAACUGCCGUUGGAUUCUUGCGUUAGUCUUGUGAGAGAUAUAAUCAGAGUUCGGUUUCCGUCUCUGAAGGGCUUCCUUAUCAAAUACAGAGACUCCGAGGGAGAUUUGGUCACCAUUACCACCACGGAUGAGCUGAGAGUGGCUGCAUCGACGAGGGAGAAACUUGGCUCCUUUAGAUUGUAUGUAACAGAAGUCAGCCCCAAUCAAGAACCCGUUUAUGACGGUGUGAACAAAGACGAGUCAACAUUUGCUAAGGGGUCAAGCAGUGUUGCUGAUAACGGAAGUGUGGGAGGAGAUUAUGUGGAGUCGUCUGAGAAGAAAGCAUCUGCUUGCAUUGAGCAUUGGAUUUUCCAGUUUGCGCAACUGUUCAAGAACCAUGUUGGGUUUGAUUCAGAUUCCUACUUGGACAUACACAACCUCGGGAUGAAGCUGUAUACAGAAGCAAUGGAAGAUAUAGUAACAGGAGAAGACGCGCAGGAGCUCUUUGAUAUCGCUGCUGAUAAGUUCCAAGAAAUGGCUGCACUUGCAAUGUUCAACUGGGGGAACGUUCAUAUGUCAAAGGCAAGAAGGCAGAUCUAUUUCCCCGAGGAUGGUUCGAGAGAAACUAUACUAGAGAAGGUGGAGGCUGGAUUUGAAUGGGCGAUGAGCGAGUACAACAAAGCUGCGGAGAAAUACGAAGAAGCGGUUAAAGUAAAAUCUGAUUUCUACGAAGCCUUUCUUGCGCUCGGGCAACAACAGUUUGAGCAGGCUAAGCUUUGUUGGUAUCACGCGCUUAGAGACAAGAUAGAUAUCGAAAGCGAGGCUUCUCAGGAAGUACUGAAACGCUAUAACAAGGCCGAGGAGAGUAUGGAAAAGGGUAUGCAGAUUUGGGAAGAGAUGGAAGAGCGUCGUGUAAAUGGACUCUCUGAUUCUGAUAAACAUAAAACACUGCUGGAGAAGCUGGGGUUAGAUGGGGUGUUUAGCGAAGCGUCUGAUGAAGAUAACGCAGAGAAAACAGCUAAUAUGACUUCUCAGAUUAAUCUUUUGUGGGGUUCGUUGCUGUAUGAACGGUCUAUCGUGGAGUAUAAGCUUGGCCUACCGACUUGGGAUGAAUGCUUGGAGGUUGCUGUGGAGAAAUUUGAACUAGCUGGAGCUUCUGCAACCGAUAUAGCUGUCAUGGUAAAGAACCAUUGCUCAAACGAAAAUGCACUUGAAGGUAUGGGGUUCAAGAUCGAUGAGAUAGUACAGGCGUGGAACGAGAUGUAUGACGCCAAAAGAUGGCAGAUCGGUGUCCCGUCUUUCCGGCUAGAACCUUUGUUCCGGAGACGGUCACCGAAGCUGCAUGAUAUUUUGGAGAAUGUGUUUUCAGGGCCUCAGUGACGAAAACAUUCAUCGUGUAUAUAUGAACAGAGCAUAUCAGCUGGUAAAAAUCUCAUCAUUACUUCCCCUUAACCCGUAA